CAAGGCCAUCACAAACCUCACGGUGGUAAUUAACACUAACAAAAAUCAAGCUAGGUCAAAAGCUUCAAAGAAAGAAACAAUUAGGUCCAAGCAGAAGAAGGGCAUGGAGGAGCACCAGAAGGGGAAGCUGCAGGGCAAGGAGGAGGUGCGGUUCCGCGGCGUGAGGCGGCGGCCGUGGGGGAAGUACGCGGCGGAGAUAAGGGAUCCAUCGAAGCAAGGGUCGAGGCUGUGGUUGGGGACAUUUGACACUGCUGAAGAAGCUGCUAGAGCUUAUGAUCGUGCAGCUUUUAACCUAAGAGGUCAUCUUGCGAUUCUGAAUUUUCCUAGUGAGUACUAUUCUCAGAUAAGGGGUUCACCACCAUAUCCACCACAUUUAGCAACACCCUCUUCCUCUUCUCAUGCCAGUGAAAGCACUUCUUCUGCUGCACAACAAAGGCAUGUUUUUGAGAUUCCGUGUUUGGAUGAUAAGGUGUUGGAGGAUCUUCUUGGUCUAUCAGAGGAACACAAGAAGAAAAAGAAGGGAGAUUGAAUAGUACUAUACUCGAUCAUAAUUUCUCUGCUCUUUCUUCUUCCCUUGCUUUCUUCUUAACUACUAUAUAUAUACUAUACUAAUAACUGAACUGAAUCUCUGUCUCUUCAGAUCUAGAAACAAGAAAAUAUAAUUAAUUAACCUUCAUUAUCUGUGUUGGUACAAGUUACUGUCUGUGGAUGAAAAGAAUUGUUAUAAUAAAUUACUCUAGUCUAACUAAUUACGUAGUGACUUUUUGUUCAGCUUAAUUGAUCUUGGGGCCAUAUGUAUGUGCCAGUAUUGUACGGGAUAAUUAUAUGGUUUUUAUCUAUAAAAGAACAUAUUGCACUACGGUAA